CCCGGACCGGGACGGUCUGUCUCCUCUGCAGUGGCGGACACGACCCCCUUCUCCGUCCAGGCCCGCCGGACCCUCAAGACCAACUUCUUCGCCACCAGAGACAUGUUGACCCACUUCCUGCCGCUCAUCAGAGCCGGAGGUCGUGUGGUCAACGUGUCCAGCUUCGUCUCGGUCCGGACCCUGAACCAGUGCAGCCCGGCGCUGCAGCAGCGUUUCCGCAGCGAGGACAUCAGCGAGGACGAGCUGGUGGGACUGAUGCAGCAGUUUGUGGACAAAACCCAGACGGACCAGCACCGGGAGGCCGGCUGGCCCCAGACGGCGUACGGCGUGUCCAAGACCGGGCUGACGACUCUGUCCAUGAUUCUGGCUCGUCGGCUGUCCAGGGAGCGGCCCGAUGACGGGAUCCUGCUGAACGCCUGCUGUCCAGGGUGGGUGCGUACCGACAUGGCCGGUCCCAAAGCCCCCAAGUCACCAGAAGAGGGCGCCGACACUCCGGUCUACCUGGCCCUGCUGCCGGCCGGAGCCACACAGCCUCAUGGGAAGUUUGUCUCUGACAAGCAGGUCCAGACGUGGUGAAGA